CAUCCUGAAAGAAGUGCAUUCAUAAACUGCUUACAUUAACGCGUGAGCGAUCGAGGUGGCCUGAGUGGAAGCUAAGAUUGGAGCAGCUUCUCGAAGCUGGGGUGAGCACGUACCGUGGAGGGAGAAAGGAACUGAAAGUGGGAAUCGCAACUGGCGUCAUCCUUGGGAAGAAGUAUAUCCAGCAGUGCAUCAUAGGUCGUGGAUUUAAAUGGUAAAGUCGCGCGUACAUCGCGCGCCGGUGGAAGACGAAAUUUGCGAGAAAGCUGCAGACGAUUGAAUGUCAAUGACAGAUAUUCGAUGACGAUCGUUCGAGACAUUUGUGGUACUUACUUUCGGAUGGAAUAUUUUCUCUAUUUAUGAAGGAAGAACGUUGAACUUGGUGCCACGUGUUCAGUGAAUGAUUCACUCGCUGAGGUAUCUUCAUUAAUCACUGGUGACUAUACUAUCCGAGAGCUCGUAAAAGAAUUAAGGUACUUUUCUCUAUCGCGAGAAGAUAUUGUCUCGCUUACAAGAGAAAAAGGCUGUGCGACUUGUUAUGUGAUUUCUCACCAGCAAGUACAAUCUAACUGUGAUUUAAGACAAUUAUUAUAAAAGAUCAGUAAAAGACUUGCAGAAUUAAAAGAAACAAUAUAUACACUGGUCACAUUUUAAAUUGACCCAGUGUAAUCUACGAAGAAGGAAGUCUAUUGAACUUAGUGCACCAUUUUAUGCAAAGUUCAUUAUUAGAAAAACACCGAGUCAGUCAGCGCCAGUCAUUAACUGUACACUUGAGAACGUGAGCCAAAGAACGAUAUUGUUGUUGAAUAAACGAAAUUAUUCUUAUUAUAUCUUGCGAUAAUCCUACAAACCAAAAAAUCUCUCGAAACUCAAAUGCUGUUAAAUUCGUUCUAAAAGAAGAAGCAGCUGCCAGGUCGGAGUCUCCCGACUCGGAGAAGCCGAAGACGAGACGGUAUUCACGACGGCUAUAGAAUAAGCGACGGCGAGUGGAAAAAGGAAAGUGAGAGAGAAAGAGACAGACCGACAGAAGAAAAGAUAGAAAGAAAGAAACCAACAAGUUUGAGUAGCAAACCGAUUUAGCAGACGCUCACGUGUCCCGAAAGAGGAAUAAGGAAGGGACUGGAACGGUAUCGAAGUAACAAGGAUAGAUAGACAGAGGAAGAGAGACGAAACGAUAAAAAGAGAAAAGAAACGUGGAGAAAGAAAAGAAGACGAAGAGAGCAGGAUUAGGCCGAUAGUAGUAAAAAGAGAGGCGACCCUUCUUCAAACUGGUCUUCAAGAUGGGUAAAAACAGUCUGACGAAUUCGCAUGCGGCCAACAAUGUUUUCGACGAAGAAGCUAUCUUGAAGAAGUCACGAUGGCGCAAUCUGUUAGCCUACUGGAUUCUGGGUCUGUGCAACAAUUACGGUUACGUCGUGAUGCUCAGCGCAGCCCACGACAUCCUCCAGACCAAGUUCGGUGAGGAUGUCACGCCAAGCACAAACGUUACGAACACGACGGGAAUUCGCACAUGCAACACGGUUUCGACCGGUGCUAUACUUUUGGCGGACAUUCUGCCAGCACUGGCGAUCAAAAUCACGGCGCCGUUUUUACCAUUUUUAGUGCAUGCUCGACUGGCUACCUGUGUGUUAUUUUCCGCUGCAGGAUUCCUUAUGGUGUCGUUGAGCACUACCGAAUGGCUUGCCAUUCUGGGCGUCGUCGUAACGUCGCUCUCCUCCGGCUUGGGUGAAGUUACCAUGCUCCAGUACAGUAACCAGUUUUCCAAGCAAGUGAUCUCGACAUGGUCAUCGGGCACUGGCGGUGCUGGGGUGAUCGGCGCUGUGUCCUACGCCGGGCUCACCAUGGUGUUAGAUACCGAGCAUACGUUGCUAGUCAUGCUGGCCGUGCCACUCUUGCAGGCAAUUACUUUCUGGGGUAUUCUCAAACACCCAGCGCACACCAAAAUUCCGAUCACCAAGAACGGUAUCGACAGUCAAGAACAGAUCAUCAAGGUUCCCAAGAAGACCUUCAGGGACAAGAUCAAUAUGGUGCCCGGCUUGCUGAAGUAUAUGAUACCACUCGGGCUGGUUUACCUGUUCGAAUACUUCAUCAAUCAGGGUCUGUACGAGCUUAUCGAAUUUGAUGGCAUUUGGUUGACACACGACGAACAAUACAGAUGGCUCCAAGUGGACUACCAGAUAGGUGUAUUUAUCUCAAGAUCGUCGGUAAACAUAGUCACCAUUAACAAGAUUUGGAUAAUGUCCGUGUUGCAGUUCGCUAACGUUAUAAUCCUGCUCUUCGAGACUCUCUACUAUUAUAUACCGAACAUAUGGAUCGUUUUUGCCCUUGUACUGUGGGAAGGUCUGCUUGGCGGUGGAUCAUACGUGAACACGUUCUUCCGGAUGUCGACCGAGAUUCCGAAGGAAGAUCGCGAAGCUUCUCUGGGAAUCGCGACGAUGGCCGACUCGAUUGGAAUCGCGUUGGCCGGAUGGCUGUCCAUGCCUGUUCACAAUUCCAUUUGCAAGUUACCACAACCGAAGCGAUUGGGCAGCUAAAUAUCGCGGUAAUUCGGCCGCUAGUGAUAAUAAAGUUUCCGCUCGCGGAAACUUUUGCUCUCGAAAGUUCCUCAACGUAACAUGUCGAUUAGAGGCGAAGAUAGCACAACUCGUUUCUUUUAUUUAAUUAAGCAAUUACACGUAGAUUAAAUGUAACUGCUUGACCGCGCGUUUGUGGGAUCAUGAAACGAUUGACGUUUCUACCUGAUUAAUCUUUUAACUCUAUUGGAGCAAAUCUACGAAAUUUUGAGGAAAAUGAAAAAAAAAGGGAAAAAUCAGCAGAGCAAACUUUUAAGAUGCAAGCGGUACGAUGGUGAAUUUUCUACACAAUUUUAUAACUAUUUAAUACUAUUUUUAUAAUUAUUGAUGUUGGAUUAUAUGACAUUUCUAAAGCCACAACCGUGCCGCUCGCGUGCAGAAACUUUCCAAAUUAAUUUCAGAAGCAGUUUUGAUUACAACGUAUUACAAAGGUUCGUGCUUUAUUCGGUAUAAACGUUUAAAAGAUUAGGAACAGGGCGUACUGCAAUACAUGUCGCAUUAAAUAUACAUAAUACAUUAUACGGCGACGUAGCACGUAAUAUAGUAUACGAAAAAACCAUCUGCAUUUUCGCUGGACGAAACAAAUCUCUUCUAAAGUAAUUAUAUCUAGAUCCCGCGUUGUACUGUAGGCCCGUUUGUUUUUAUGCUGUAUCUAAAUUUUGGAAAUUGUACUACAGGUCUGUUUUUUUUCUUUUCUAUAGCGUAUCUAAAUUUUGACUUGUACUGUAGUCUCGUUUAGUGCUUCCCGAUACCGUAGAUAUACUCUGAGAUUAUUAUUAAUUGUUGAUCUUUAUAUCGUUAUAAUAUUUCCGACUUGCUGCGUCGAGAUGCUCAAGUAGUUUCGUGCACCGUAAGCCGUAAGCGAUUCCGCACCAUCGAGAAUUGAUCGCUCGUAAAUUCGAGAAGUUAUCUCAGUAUUAGUAGCUACAGUAACGAAUUGACCUUACCGAAUUAGAAAUAACGCACUUGGAUUACACCGUCUCCUUAUUCACUUGAGAUUAGAUAUAAAAAUUACUAGUUUGAACUACCACGUUUCUACUUUGAUAUAUCGAUACUAUUCUUAUGUCUCUUUUGAUUGAGAGAUUGUGAUUGUGAGUAUUAUAGACAUUUAUGUCGAUUUUAAUAAAGUGGCUGUUGAGGCCGUCAAGAUGGUAAA